AUGGAUAGGUUUAACUCGGCGGAUAUUCUACAGUUUUCUUCUAAAUCUAUCAAAUUGCAGAUAGUAGAAGAUAAUCCAUAACAAAAUGGUUCAUCCGCUUUUAAGUAAUAAUCUGUAUCAAAUAAAAUAGGCAUAGGAUCUUUAAAUUUAAUAAACAGCUAGGUAUAGAACCCAAUUAUAUAUAAAAUAAGAGGAAAUCGUCCUAAAAACUAUCGUUUGGUGAAUCCUUGUCACAUCAUUGAAGUUGGUAGUCAGAUAAAAAUUGAUUUUAAAUUAGUUAGCAUUAACUUGUUUACGCCAAAAGAUCUAUUUGAAGUAAGAUAUAUCGAAUUUACUCCUUAGCUCAAGUAGAUUUAUCAAUUAGAGUAGUGUUAAUCUAUUUAUGAUUUCUGGCAUUAUAUAGAUCAAAAUACCUUUUAGUUUAACAUUAAAAAAAAUCAUUUUACAAUUGAAAUACAAGAUAAUCAGGGGAUGGAUCACAUGCUAACCACAGCUUAAAAAAUAGAUUCUUUAACAGGAAAUAUAAAUAAAUAGAAUAACCAAUAAUAAAUUAACUUUUCUCCUCUAAAUUAACGCUCUACUUCUCCAAAAUUAUCAGCAUCAUAGUCUCCUAUGACUGCAAAAUCUGCUUAAUUGACAUCAUUAUCUUCUAAACGUUCGAGUCAAGUAAAUGGAAUAGGUUCCAAAUUUAGUGAUUAAAAUUUAUUUUACUCUCAAGUUAAUAAGCAAAAGUAUACAAGUUCUAUAAAUGGAUUUGCAAAUGAAAAUAUGAACAGUAUUUAGGGUUCGGGUUCUCCUACUUAAGAUGAUUACAAAUAGCUAUAUGAAAAACUAGUUAUGAAAGUAGAUGAGUAAGACAAGCAAUUAUUUGUCCUCAAUCAAGAAAGAAAAAAGCUGGAACAGGAUUGGAAGCUACUAAACAAAAAGCAAGAAUAACUAAAUAAUUCAGAAAAUUAAGUAAAUAAAUCAAAAAGCAUAAAUGGAAUUCAACCAAUUUCAGCUAUAAUUAUUGCAAUUAUUUCACUGCUAAUAGGAAUUUACUUAGGAAAUUGA